CAGUCCUCAUUCUGCGCUUUCCACAGUAUGGCCGGUGAUAUUAGCUAGCAGUCGCUCUACAGUAUUCUCUGUAAAAGGGAAGACGGUAAAACCAAGAAAUUACACCUGGAUUGCUAAAGGACUGUACUUAAUAAAUUAUAACGAUCAAGCAAGGACAAGCUAAUUAAGUUUAAAACGUAACCUACAUUUAAUUUCUGUUAUUUGUGUCUGCUGUGCCACGAUGGAAGAGAACGGUGCACACUUCUUCGAGGGAACCGAGAAGCUGUUGGAGGUGUGGUUCUCCCGGCAAGAUGAGAAUAAAGGAACAGGGGACCUCCGUACCAUCCCAAGGUUUGAGUGGGACAAACUUUUGGAGAAUGUGCACUGUUUGAUCAUAAGUGUGACGAAGACCGACAAGCAGGAAGCUUAUAUACUCAGUGAGAGUAGCAUGUUUGUCUCCAAGAGACGUUUCAUUUUGAAGACAUGUGGAACCACCCUCUUACUGCAAGCACUGAUGCCUCUGCUGGAACUGGCCAGAGAGUACUGUGGCUUUGAUGCCAUCGAGGAUAGGUCAGAGGUUCUAACUCCAUCUCCUCACUACCUACAGAAUUUCUUCUAUUCGCGUAAGAACUUCAUGAAGCCCACCCAUCAGGAGUUCCCUCAUCGGAACUUCCAGGAGGAAGUGGAAUUUCUCAGCCAGAUUUUCCCAAACGGAGCAGCGUACUGCAUGGGACGUUUGAACUCUGAUUGCUGGUACCUGUUUACUCUGGAUUUGCCAGAGUUCUGGGAGAACGAGCAUGCGGAUCAGACUCUGGAAGUUCUGAUGAGUGACCUUGAUCCAGCAAUUAUGGACCAGUUCUUCAUGAAAGACGGUGUUUCUGCAAAUGAUGUCACUCGUAUGAGUGGAAUUCGUGACCUGAUACCAGGUUCUGUGAUUGACGCCACAAUGUUCAACCCUUGUGGCUACUCAAUGAAUGGAAUGAAGACUGAUGGAACUUACUGGACGAUCCACAUCACUCCAGAGCCAGAGUUCUCCUAUGUCAGCUUUGAAACCAACCUCUCUCAGACGUCCUACGAUGAUCUGGUCAGGAAAGUUGUGGACGUGUUUAAGCCAGGAAAAUUUGUGACGACGCUAUUUGUUAACCAGAGCUCCAAAUGUCGCAGUGUCUUUUCUUCCGCCCAGAAACUCGAGGGGUACAAGCGCCUCGACCGCCAGUUGGCCCAAUUCAACGAUUACAAUUUUGUCUUUACUAGUUACGCCAAGAGCCACCAGCAGAACCAGCAAAGUUGAGGUUUAAGAAUGAAAAAGAAGCGUAAGAAGAAAGGCGGCUGCGUCGCGGGGCUCACCCCCUGCGGCUGCCUUUCUGUCCUAGCGGAGAGGCCCACUCCACUCUGCUGCCAUUGUUCAGGAUUUCUUGGCAUCGAGGCCACAGGCCCUAAUAGUUUAAACUCUAGUUUGAAUUGUAUGCAUUGUUGUACCUAUAACUUAGCUCUCUUGCAUGAAAGUUAUUUUUUCUGUUUAGAUAGUCUAGUGCACUCUUGCUGUGAUCUUGAAGUGCAUGUAGAGGAAUUAAACAUGCUCUGUUUGAGGCUGUCCAGCCUGGCCCAGUACAGCGGCUCCUUCCUGCAGGUCUCCCCCCUCAUUCCCCACAGACAGGGCUUUCGUGCCCACUAGUCCAGGGCCCUGACAUGCUCAGAUGGGUCCACCUCUAUGUGCUUACCGAUUUUAGAAACAUUUUUGUUUAAGUUGAAAUGCAAUCUCCCCCCUUCACUGAUUUGCUGCUUAUUUGAUCUGUUGCAAAAGUGUCCUUUUUUUGAGUGCACUUUAAGAAGUUUUCAGCUCGAGCAGGACUCCUCAGUACCCAAAUGUAAAACACCAAUUUUUUUUUUUUUGGCAUAUUGAAUUGGCAUAUUGAAUUUCAAGAUGCUUCUAAUCACUCAAAGAUCAACAUGUGAGCUUUGAGCCAUAAUGUUAUUUGUCAUGUUGCGUCAACCUAGUUAAUGAAUUCCUUAAAUCAAAAUGCCUUUGUCAGUGUUUCACUACCAUAGGAUUGGAGUGGCUGACUGCUGGGCAAUGUGAUCUAGUUCUUGGCUGUAAACUGCACCGGAGCCAAAAUAAUUAUUGCUAGAAUUGGGCCCCCCCCCUGUUCAGUCAGCCAUGCUUCUCUCCACCUCGACAAUACAUUUAGCUGUUGAAUGUGUCCAUAAAUAGACAGGCUAAACUUUUUCCCAUGCAACAGUAUGCGUUAGUGUACAUUUAAAACAUAAAGUUGAGUAUUUCAUGGUAUGGGAUGUGUAAUACAUGUUUACAUUUACACCAAGGCUCCUACAUUAAUAAACUGGGUGGUUCGCACACUCAAUGCUGAUUGGCUGAAAGCUGUGGUAUAUCAGACGGUAUACCACACCCCCUUGUGCCUUAUUGCUCAGGUAUACUGCACCAACAGGUAGCGUCUGGUUCUUGGAAUUCUCAGUCAGUUUAAACACUGCAUUUAUCCAUUAAUAAUUGAAAACAUUAUUUAAAAGUCCAAACUUGACACUAGAUCAGUCAUGUAAGAACAAAGGCUGUGCUAACUGAAUGUUGAGGGGCAUGUUUAGAAUAGCGGAGCCUGUUUGAGGGGCUUUAUCUGAAUGUAAAUGACUCGAGGAGACUCAGUAGUCACCUUGUCGCUGUGGUGUGGGCCAGAACAAUGCCCUCUGCAGUCCAGCAAGGUCAGCCAUUGUAUCCCGGCCCAGCGGGUCUCCCCAUAACACACAGUGAAACUCAGCUGGCCCCAGAGCCAUGCUUGACAGUGGCACUCCUGGCUGCAUCGUGUGGCCCUGAAUGGAAAUAAUGACUCAGACUCUGCUUAGUGCAGCGGUUGCCCAGCAAAGCAUUUCUUUCUUUUUAUAAACAAUGUACAUCCUCUCCCCCCUAAUACAGGAAUCGGUAAGCACACAAUGGAGGCCCACCAAUCUGAGCAUGCCAGGGUGAUCCCGGAUCAUUCCACACAACUGUUGCAUAAACCAUUUAAUUAAUUUUAUUGUGCGCAGACAUUUUGCAGUGAAUUGGUCCCAAAUGUGACAGCCCUGCAGUUUCCUUUUUGGAGCGCAAUCAAUACCCUUUGUUCAUUGAUGGGGGGGAAAAUCCUGUGGUGCAUGUGACUACUAGUUCUGUAUUGCUUGACAGUGUAGUGUAGCCUGUUCCUCCUGUGUAGAGUGAUGUGCAUCACCUUCCAGUUUCAUCAGCUCAUGUAGAUGGGACUGGAGCAUCCUGGUGUUUUAUUGAACGGGUGGGUGGGGGUUAAUGUUUAUCCACUAUAGUGCUGAAGGCAGGCCUUAAUCUAUAUGGUUACUAUACAGAUAUUGAUGUUUAAAAUAUAUCUAUAUUUUUUAGGAUGUUGGAUUGUCUUCUCUGGCUGGUUAGUAAAAUUCAUGAUGCUUCCCCUGCCAGUGAAUGCAGAUUGAUUUGAAUUUGCUGACAAACCUGGGGUGGAUAGGGAACAUUUUUGUUUUUUGACUGCUGUUUUUAAAAAUGUAUUUUAAGACUGCCGUUUUCUGGCCUGCCUUUAGCACUUCUGAGCGUUGUAACCUGCGUUGCCCCACUGUUAGGAACUGUAAGAUCACGCCAGUUCAGAAAGCUCUUAAAACACCAGAGAAUGGCUCAUUAUAUACACAAGUCUCGACAUCCCUUCAAAUUUGUGCUUUCGGUCAUUUCAGCCACACCUGUUGCUGACAGGUUUGUACAAUGUCCAUACACACAUUGGCUGUAGAAUGGCCUUAAUGAAGAGCGCUGACAUUCAAUGUGUCACCGCCAUAGGAUGCCACCUUCCCAACAAGUAAGUUUGUCAAAUUUCUGCCCUGUUAGAGCUGGUCAACGAAGUGCUGUUAUUGUGAAGUGGAAACAUCUAGGCACAACAACGGCUCGGCAGCGAUUUGGUAGACCUCACAGGACUGCCGAGUGCUGAAGUGUGUUUUGAGAUGUAUAUAUAUAUUCUCGGUUGCAACACUCACUACAGAGUUGCUUCUAGAGGCAGGUAGGACCGUCAGCACAAGAACCGUUCGUUGGGAGCUUCAUGAAAUGAGUUUCUUUUGACGCGCAGCCAAAGGAAUAGUGGCCAGGGGCUGUUUUUCGUGGUGCGGGAUAGGCCCUUUUAGGUCCAGUGAAGUGGUCGCUUAACUCAACAGCAUACAAUCACAUUGUAGACUAUUUGCUUCCAACUUUGUGGCAACGGGGGAAGGCCCUUUUCCUGUUUCGGCAUGUCAAAUCCCCCGUGCACAGAGGUCCUUACAGAAAUGGUUUGUCGAUCUGUGUGGUUGAACUUGACUGAUCUGUACAGAGCCUUGACAUCAACCCCAUCGAACACCGUUUUUAGGAUGAAUUGGAACGAUUGACUGAGCCAGGCCUUAUGCGCUCAACAUCAGUGCUCGACCUUACGAAUGCUCAUGUGGCUGAAUGGAAGCAAGUUCCCGCAGCAAUUUUCCAACAUCUAGUGGAAAGUCUUCCCUGAAGGGUGGAGGCUUUUUUAAAGCAGCAAGGGGGGACCAACUGAAUAUUGAUGCCCAUGAUUUUGGAAUGAGAUGUCUUGCGGUGUCCCUGUACUUUUGGUCAUGUAGUGUGAUGGUGUACCGUAGACGACCAUUUCUCCCCAGGAAGCUAAAAUUGUGACUGACGUUGCAAGGGGACCACUAGAAUUAGUUCAUGUAAGGACCUGGGCAAAGUUGACAAUUGGAAUAUCUUCCCUCCAUGUCUGGCUUUUUGGAAUGGCUUCUUUUUUUCUUUUGAGGACCAACCUUUGCCAGGUAUCCUUACCUGCAAUGUCAUUCUUAUGCCUGUAGUGACCAGCCUCCUUUUGUGUUCUAAGAGCUGUAGUGACUGACUGGUUUAGGGAAUAGGCACCAGCACAUUUCACAACUUUUGGUUACUGUUUUUGGAUGAAGUCAUAUUUAGACUUGGUGAUCUGCAUAUGGGUUAGUUCUGUUGGUUUGGAACAUUUUUUUAGAAGCUAUAUUUGUUUUGGUGGGAGGGGAGGGGAGGGGGGGGGGUGCAAUUUUGCCUAGGGACCAACCAUUAUUUUGUUUUUGUCCAACCCUUUUUAAGUGUGUUCCAAACUUAGUUUCUAAAAAUAUAUAUAUGUUUGGAUCAUGAAAUUGUUCUUGCCUUACCUUUUUUUUUUUUUUUAUCCUGUGCUGUGUUUUCUGGGGAAGGGAAAAGUCAAACACCUCCCCUGAUGUGAGAGUGAACUUACAGGAUGGACUGAAGGGAAAACUUUGCUGUUCUAAUUAUUUUGCUAUACUUUGGAUGGUCAAGAUGUGCUAAAUAUAUCUGUACUAUGCGCUUGAUGCUUUAAUAAAUAAAGAUGACUCUUC